AUGCAAAUUUCUUCCUUCUCAAAACCACUGCAGCUGUAGCGGGUGCUGAUUUGAAUAGCACAGGGUGAGGCGCAAUAUUUAUUGUGCUCAGCCAAGCAGAAAGCCAAGCUCCAAACCAUCAGCAAAGAUAAGUUCUUCAACCUAAACCAUCUUCUCGCCCGGGGAGAGAACCCAUAAGUGCAGGGAGAGUGGUUUGAUGGGGUGGCUUUGCUCGCUGGUGACCGUGACCCUGCGUCCGAGCGGUCCAUGCCAUGCUCAGCAGUGUUGUCACCUCGUGCCCUCCCCAGGUAAAUAACAACCCUUAUCUCCUCAUCUCUCCCCUGCUUCCCCAAAAUCAGCUAUUGCACAAAAUGGAUCACAUGAGUUCCGCUGAGAAGCCCGUGAAGAACUGCAGUCGGCUCCAGACAUGGUAUAAAUCACAGAGACAUCCCAACGGGUAUAAAGUCUUCGGCUGACCAAGCUGCAGCGACAGGAAAGCUUCUCAGCCUGUGCAAAGAGCAGAGAUUGGGAUUCCAGGCAGCAAACCAGCACUAACCCUCAGCUAAAGCAUUGGCUGAACCAUGACCGAAGAGCCCAUGCGGAAGAGCAGUGAGAUCGGACACUCCACCUCCAGCAUGGGCUGCGGACACAAGGAUGACAAAGCCAGCCUGGCCUCCAGCCAGAGAGCCUCUUUCAGCCGCCAGCCCCAUCAGCCUCCCUCCACUCCUGCCUCCAAGGAAGUGUGGAAGAAGGGCGGCCGCAUGUUCUCCAUCCUGCUCGCGGUGCACUUGGCGUUGCUGGCCUGCACGCUGGUGAGCAGCGGGGCUUUCGAGAAGAUCGCUGUGCAUGACUACGAUGUCUUCUUCCUGCUGACUGUCAUGAUGCUCGUAGUCAUUGUAUGGAUCAUCUUCUACCUCUUUGGCACCUCCCGGUGCCCAGACGCCAUCCUCUGCAAGGACUCCCAUGCUGGGCCUAUCUGGCUGAGAGGAGGCCUGAUCCUGUUUGCCAUUUUCAGCCUUGUGAUGGAUGUGUUCAAAAUAGGAUACUACUCAAGCUUCUACAGCUGCCUGUCUGCAAUCAAAAUAAUCUACCCCAUUGUGCAAGCAAUAUUUGUGGUCGUCCAGACGUACUUCCUGUGGGUCUCUGCCAAGGACUGUGUCCACGUGCACCUGAACGUCACCAGGUGCGGCUUGAUGCUAACACUGACUACAAACUUAGCAGUGUGGAUGUCAGCAGUGACAGAUGAGUCUGUUCACAAAGCACAUUCGAAGCUGAAGAAGAAUGUGACAGAUGAAAUCUUCAGGUGGCUUUUGAAAGCGGGAAUGAGAAGUAGCUCACCUGAAGAAUGCAAUUGCAACAGCCAAAUCUGCCAGGUCUUCAAGAACGGCUACUUCUGGCUGUACCCCUUCAACAUCGAGUACAGCCUCUUUGCCUCUGCCAUGGUCUAUGUCAUGUGGAAGAACGUUGGGCGCUUCAUAGACCACCACUCCCACCACAUUCACCGCCUGAAGUUCAGGCUCUUCCGAAGGACCUUCUUUGUAGGCAUUGUGUUGGGCCUCAUCACUCUGGUGAGUGGUUUGGGAGUCCUCAUUCUUUACGAGGUGCAGGUAAAUUCCAGCACUGAAUCCAGCAAGAAGAUCCAAGCCCUCUCCAUGUACUACAUCUUCAACAUUGUUUGUCUGGGGCUGAUGUCUCUUGUCUGCAUUGGCGGCUCUGUCAUCUACCGGUUUGACAAGAGAGACAUGGAUCGGCACAAGAACCCAACCAGGACCCUGGACGUGGCCCUGCUCAUGGGUGCAGCCUUGGGGCAGUACGCUAUUUCUUACUAUUCCAUCGUGGCCAUUGUAGCCAGCACACCAAGGGACGCUAUCAGCGCGCUCAACCUCACCUAUGCCCUCCUCAUGAUUGCUCAGCACACCUUCCAGAACAUCUUCAUUAUCGAAGGCCUCCAUCGGCAGCCCCCCAAGGAGGACCACAAGCAUGAUUCCCACCAGAAGGAUCUCUAUGGACUCACCUUUGUCAACAUCAGUGCCGUGUCCCUCCGGAUGCCAGACAGCGGCAGCACCCUGGCCCCUAGCACUGUCUCUGGCUCAGAAGCCAUCCAUCCUUCCGACCUCGUGAGGUCCCUCACUGCUCCCAAGAAGAUGAACUGGAGGAGGAAGUUCUUAAAGGAGAUCUCCAUGUUCCUCCUGCUGAGCAAUAUCAUCCUCUGGAUCAUGCCAGCCUUCGGUGCCCGGCCCCAGUUUGACAACGACACAGAACUGAACUUCUAUGGUGACUCCAUGUGGCCGGCCAUCGUGGAUAUUUGCCUGCCAUUUGGGAUCUUCUACCGAAUGCAUGCGGUGGCCAGUUUGCUGGAGGUCUACAUCAUGUCCUAAAGAACUCUCUCGCAAGGAAGAUGCGAUCCUCCUCAACCAAUCUGCCUUAUUCCUUACCCUGGGGCUGGGAGACUGCCCUGAUGUCCCCAGGGGUCCCCCAGCACUGCCUGAAUCGUGUCCCUUUGCAGUGUUGGGGCAUUUAUGAAUCGCCAGUGCAGAUCAUCCAGACAUAGUCCAGAUUCUAUUUUUGCUA